AUAAGUGAAAGGCCCGGGCGAAGCCAGAACUUCGCAAAUCUCAAGCAAGCAAGCAAGCCUGAUCGUUGCACUUACCUUCCAACCGUCUCACCAUGAAGAUCGUCAUUGCCCUCGCUGUGUUGGCUGUGGCUGCGGCCGAACAGUUGCCACUCGUCAACCCGCCCAUUGCCAUCGUGCGAAGCAGCCAGGUGAACCCCGACCAGUUCGGCGCCCACAAUUCCGACUUCGAGGCUGCCAAUGGCAUCGUGUUCCAGUUCUCGGGUUCUGAGGGCGUCGCUGGCGGUUCUAACAUGGUUGGCUCUUGGAGUUAUCCUCAGGAAGAUGGUACCGUAGCCUCUUUCAAGUUCGUGGCCAACGAGAACGGCUACCAGCCCGAGUCGUCCCUCCUGCCCGUGGCCCCCGCCUUCCCCCACCCCAUCCCCCAGUUCGUCCUCGACCAGAUCGAGUUCGCCCGCCUCGAGGACGAGCGCAAGGCUCGCGAAGGAGCAAAGGGCCAAGCGUAGUUUUUUCGAGCGAAUUCUU